GUUGUUGAUGACGGUGGCAGCAGAACGCAUAUGAGUUGUUGCCUUUAGUACAGUGCGUUAACCUGGGAGUGCCAUUCAAAAUAAAUAAAUAUUUGAUAAGUAUCAUCUGUAUUAAGUCGGAACAACGUUGGAGCAACCGAAAGAAUCAUACAAGGUUAAACAUUUAGUUAAUUUUGAGUAAGUCAACGCCUUUUUGACGUUCAACAACAUUGUUGUGGAGGCCUGUUGCUACAGGAAAUCCUCGGGCUAACUGGUGGGACUCUUGCCGAUAGAGUCGAAGAAAAUCGAGAGAGGAAGCGCUACUUUGGGGCUUUUUACUUUUUACUCUAGACAACUCUUUAAUAGUCUAUUUCUGAGAGCAGAACUGUCCUACUGGCCAGCUAGUUGGCUAAUGUGUGCUAGUCAGCGUAGGUUGAAGACAACUUAAGACAAGGGCUAAUGUUAGCUAGCUAGCUAACACUGGCCAAACGAUGACUUGUAAACUAGCAAGGAAGCUAGUUGGCUAACGUCAAGAGAAAUUGUGUUUAAUUUUGUUAAAGUUAAAGUUGUUCAACCUAGUGGUGUACGACUGAAAUAAAAUCUAAAUACAUAUUUGGGGUAUUAAAGACUGGUUUGAAUUGAGAGCAGCUGUUAGCUAGCUAGUAAGCACUUGUCAGGCAGAUUCGCUAUUGGAUAACUGCCUCGAUCAGGAUUGUCUAAUCAAUAGCUAAACGCAGUGAAGACAUCGGUAUCUCUUGGCCAACAGCUGUCAAAGAAAAGGAUUGCAUCAAGGAUUGUGAACUUUGAAGUUGCAUUCAGGUGAAGCGUGCUUGCUCUUUUUGAUUGUGUUUCGGACUGUCAUGUUUUUAGAUAGCUUUGUUGGUCAACAAAGAUACACAAUUAUAUAUAGAUAAUUAACAUUAUAAAUAUAAUUAGCACAAUAUUUUAUCCCGGAUGAAGCCUCACCGCUUAUCGUGGUUGUUUGGAGUCGCAGAUUGUGUAUGUCCUGCUUGGUAUUGCUCAUUCCCCGCUGACAUUUGAGCUGCAAAGGGACAAGUCACCCCAAUAAAUUGCGAUCGUCUCUCGCUCAGCGGCAGGACACCAACAACGGAACCAUGAAUCGUUACCUGCCUGUUGCACGCCAGCACUUUCUGAGCGCUAUAGCCAGCACUAGCGUGGUAGUGAAAUCGAUAAGCGCCGUGGUGCUGCUCCUGUACCUACUGUCGUGGGCCGUCGACACCACGUAUGCGCUGGGAGUGACGCCCGGCUACCUCUUUCCCCCGAACUUCUGGGUCUGGACCCUGGUGACGCACGGAGUAGUGGAGCAGCAUGUGUGGGGCGUGGUAGCAAAUGUGGGCACCGUCAUGGCGUGCGGACGGUUGUUGGAGCCUCUGUGGGGAGCCCUGGAGCUGCUCAUCUUUUUCGCUGUGGUCAACAUCUCAGCAGGCCUCCUGGCUGGCCUCUCCUAUCUGCUCACCUACGUUGCCACCUUCGACCUGGACUUCCUGUUUGCAGUGCGUGUCUACGGGGUUCCGGGCUUCCUCGGGGGGGUCCUCGUGGCCCUGAAGCAGACCAUGGGCGACACGACAGUGCUCAGGGUGCCCCAGGUGAGGAUGAAGGCAGCCCCCGCUCUCGUCCUCGUCCUCCUGGCAGUGCUGGCUCUCUCGGGGCUGCUGGACAGCGCCGCCCCACUGGCCGCCUACAGCUACGGCGCCCUGGCCGGCUGGGUCUACCUGAGGUUCUACCAGAGGCACAGCCGGGGCCGCGGGGACAUGUCGGACCACUUCGCCUUUGCCUCGUUCUUCCCGGAGGCGGUGCAGCCCGUCGUAGGGCUGAUGGCCGGCCUGGUGCACGCCGCCCUGGUCAAGCUGAAGGUAUGCAGGAAGAUGGUGAAGAGGUACGACGUCGGGGCCCCGUCCUCCAUCACCAUCAGCCUGCCCGGGACAGAUCCCCAGGACGCCGAGAGGAGGAGACAACUGGCUCUCAAGGCCCUGAACGAGCGUCUAAAGAAGGUGGAGGAUCAGUCGGCCUGGCCCAGCAUGGACGACGAGGAAGACGACGAGGAAGAUGAGGUGCGGACCGACACGCCGCUUCUCUCCGGGCGAGAGACCUCCUCACCUGCAGGGGGGGCCGGCAGCCCCCAGACCUUGACAGGGGGACAGGAGUCCAGCAUCAUCAGCUUCGAAGACGCUCCUUCCCGCUCCUAACACACACACACGCACACGCUCAUCAGUGUCUGGGAUAUUCAGAUAUACACACACUCGCUCCUACUAUCCCAACUUAGUGUUUGAGACCGUCAGUUUAAAGCCAGCCGUUCAAAUCUAGCAGACUUUCCGAAGUGCGCAGGCAUACACACUCACGCACGCUCAAACGCUGACAGUUUUGACCACGGGCCCAUCCACAGCUCUCCCUGAUUCCUGGCACUGAACACUCCCUCAGCUUCCGGUCUCUUCUCUACUGGAACUCCACUGGGUGUAGACAUGGUUUUCUACAUGUCCUCUGGACCAUGGACAGCUGCUAGCCCUGGACCAUGGACAGCUGCUAGCCCUGGACCAUGGACAGCUGCUAGUCCUGGACCAUGGUGUGCUGUGACUGACAGCUGCUCCUGGUCAUGCUCUGGGGACUGAGAUGCAAGCCUUCUGGCAGAGACUCCGGGAUGAACCCCACCUGUUGCUAUCUGUAUAUUGUUCUGAAACCAGCUCGCAGGAAAACUUUUUUUUUCUUGGUCAUCUCCUUGUGCCGCUGGUUGUUUAGGCAAGGCCUUGAAUACAGGCUUUUUUCAUUUUCCACAUCUUACUAACAGUCAUCUAUGGUUAUCUGGGAACCAUGUGAUCCUGCGUUUGCUGAUGUGUCCUGGUCAUCUUACACAUGUUUAUAUUGAUGAUGUGUUUCCUGUUCCUGUUAUGAGUGAUUUGGCAGAAUUUGCUCUGUAUUCUUGAAGUUCUAUUUUCUGACUAUCCUGACUUCAGGGUCCUGGGUUCAGUAGCCCUCUCUCUUAAAUACACCCUAUCCCGGUAUGGUAGCGGUCAGCUUAAUCUAGGCCAUACUGAAACUAGUACAGUACUUCUAUUGGUGCUAGGGAAUACAGCACAUCUAGGAGACUGCAUCAGAGGGCUGAGAUAUAAAGACUCUAAACAAGGGUGUUUGCAGACACUGUGGAAUUGGUUAGGCAUUUUUGUGCUAAAACUUGUUUCCCAUGGCCUCUGAAGUGGGUCUAUUCUGACCCCUCGUCUGAGUCAGUACUGGGUUAGAGGAAUGGAAGCCGUAGCCAUAUAAGGGUUGAGGGGGUGUGUCUUCCACUGUUAAUUCUGUUGUAAACGUUCUUUUUUCAUUUUUUCUUCUUCAGGCCACUCAGUUUUCAGUGUGUGCUCAGAUUCAGUGUGUGCUCAGAUUCAGUGUGCGCUCAGAUUCAGAUGGAACAGAGUAUGCCUAUUAUUAUACACAAGCUGUACUCUAUAAUAUCAGAAUGGAUGGGACUGAUGUGUACAGUAUACAUCUUUACGUUCCUCACAAUGAGAGUUGAACAAUACAACAGCUGAUGACUCGUUUCAAUGGUUUUUCUUUUCUUCUCCUUUUUUCUUUUCUUUCUUGUCUCCAGGUUGGGUAAGAUGAAAAGUGGACUCUUAACUGUUUAUAAAGUCGGAACGCUAGUUUGUGUGGAUAAACUGGAAAACACUGUAGUGUGAUGGGGAAUAAGGAUGAGAAUGUCGAGGGUGAUGCUGAGGCGAUUGUUCUUGCGAGACACUGAGCUGCUUGACUGAUGCUUGGUUUCUCUAGAUGCUUUCCUCUUUGCAACAAUCUCCGUGGGAGUUAAACUAAUGACGGGAA